AUGAACACCAUUCCCAUGAUGUCCCUCUCCUCCUCGGACUCCGACUCCCUCGCCUUGUUCCAGCACCAACUCACGCCACCCGCCGGAAAGAGGCAGCGCGGCAGGCCCGCGGGCUCCAAAAACAAGCCCAAGCCCAACGCCCUCCCCACAACCAAGCCCGCCGCCGCCGACGAGUCCGCCAAGUUCGUCCUCAUCGACGUGCCCCAGGGCGCAGACGUGAUCGAGUCCAUCGUGGAGUUGGCUCAACGCGAGCAGGUGAGCGUGACCAUCCUCAACGGCAGCGGCGCCGGCGCCAGCGUCACCCUCCAGCACGCGCCGCGUGGCUCCACCACCUUCACGCUCCAUGGACCCUUCUCGCUGGUCUCCUUCAGCGGCACCUUCGUUUACGGCGGCGGAGAUGGAGACUCUCCUCCCCCUCGCAUGGACUUCGGAGUGAACCUCAGCAACCCCGAGGGCCAGAUCUUCGGCGGCGUCGUCCGCGGCAGAGUCGUCGCCGGAGAGGACGUUAAGCUCACCGUCUCCACCUUCAAGGAUCCCGAGGUUUACAAGUUUCGGUCCGAGAAUGGUGAAGCAAGUUACUGA